AUGGAAAUAGAGGAAAUGGUCUGCAGGAGGAAGCUGAUCAAGGAGGGGGCUGGAUUGCGAUUCCUGCGAGAGCAGCAGGGCGCUUCUCGUGGAGAGGGUGGAGAGGGAGAUCGAGAAAGCGCGGUGGUGGGGCCGGAGGAGCUAGGGCGGCGGCGUAGCUGGACGACGCUGGCGGCCCGAACGUGGAGGAUUAAUAGCGGGUCGGUGGCGAGAGGGAUAGCGAUGGGGUCGGGGAGGGUGAUACAGGGGAUUCUGUGGUGUGGGGAUGUGACGGUGGAGAGGCUGAAGUGGGGAGAGGAUUUUAUGAAGAGGAGGAUGGAUCCGAAGGGGAAGAAGAGCGAGGUUAGCAAGGAUGCUCUCAAGAGGAUGAAAAGGGUUAAAAGGGUCACGAAAAUGUCAGACAAUGUGGUUACCGGUAUCCUAUCUGGAGUUGUGAAAGUAUCUGGAUUUUUUACAGGCUCUGUUGUGAAUUCAAAGGUUGGAAAGAAGUUCUUUGGACUGUUGCCAGGGGAAGUUGUUCUAGCUACACUUGAUGGAUUUGCCAAGAUCUGUGAUGCUGCUGAAAUGGCAGGAAAGAACGUCUUACAAACAUCAUCUACUGUGACCACAGGACUUGUAUCUCACAGGCAUGGAGAGCAGGCAGGAGAGAUCACAAACGUGGGGCUUGGUGCAGCAGGACAUGCCAUAGGAACCGCAUGGGCCGUCUUCAAAAUUCGGAAAGCACUUAAUCCUAAGAGCGCGAUGAAGCCCGCAACCCUAGCAAAAACGGCGGCUAAGGCAGCCGCGGCGGAUCUCAAGGCCAAGCAGAGCAAAUGAUUCUCUGAAAGAUGAUAUAGCCCUUUUGUUCUAUUUAUUCGCUGUAAUCCUUAAUUUUAUGUACAGCUCUAGACUUUGUGUUUGAAGUAGUUAUAGGGUGAUAUUGUACUGUUCGUGGUUUGUUGUAUUUUUUUUUUUGGUAGGUUAUCUGUUGGUGGAGUUGGAGAUUUCUUAUUUUCAGUGAGUUGUUGUGUUUGUUAACUUAUUUUCUGAGAUGCUGGCGGGACUCGCA